UGCUGCUUCUGCAUCUUUCUUUUGCUAAUUUCUUUAUUUUUGCUUUUUAUUAAAAAAAAUUGAAACUUUUUUUAGGACUCCAUAGAAGAUGUGUGGAGGUGCAAUCAUUUCCGAUUUCAUCGCCGUGAAGCGUGGUUGGAAUUUAACAGCCCAGGAUCUUUGGUCUGAACUCGACACAUUCUCCGACCUGUUGGGUCUGGAUUUCAGUAAUGGAAAAGGCUCUUUCAAUCUGUUCAACAACAAGAAGGUCGGUUCCAAAGGCAAACAACUCGACAAAGGGACGAACGAUGUGACUCGGAAGACAUGCCGAGGCAAAGAGAAAGAGGGGAAGACUCAGCGAACUCGGAAGAACAUUUACAGAGGAAUCAGGCAAAGGCCAUGGGGGAAAUGGGCGGCUGAGAUAAGAGAUCCUCGAAAAGGAGUCCGAGUCUGGCUCGGUACCUAUAACACAGCCGAAGAAGCGGCUGGAGCCUACGAUGAAGCCGCCAAGCGCAUACGUGGGGUCAAAGCAAAGCUCAACUUCCCUCAAACUCAGCCUCCUGCUAAGAAAAGGUGUGUCAUGGCUCCUGAGUUGACUCAAGAGAGUUCAGAAACCAAUAGCCCACCUCCCCCACCAACCCCACAACCUUUUAUGGGUUUUGACUAUGGGAAUGGAAGGAGUGAAGGAAUGGAGGGUGAGUUGGAGCUGAAAGAACAGAUAUCGAGCCUGGAAUCGUUCCUGGGACUGGAACCUGAUGAGUCGUCGACUGAGUUAAGUGGAAACGCUGAGCCUGACUCAGUGGACCUUUGGAUGCUUGAUGAUCUCGUGACACAUAAUCAGCAACAGCCUGAGCUCUUUUAUUAGAAUAAAAAA